AUGAAAACAACUUUCCAAGGCAUAAAAGAAGGUAUUGAAAUCCAAAGAUCGCAUUUUAGAAAACACGAGGAUUACACAGUUUCUGUCGCUUGCGCUUCCCUGGAUCCGCAAAGAGAGAAUUUUUUUAUAUAUGUGAAUCAUUUUACAGAUCACUACUAUGCUGAAUAUGAACAAGGCAAGAAAGACCAGAUAGCGAGCCUGAGAAAACUCGAUAAACACAAAGUCAAAUUAACAAGAGAAGCUUUGUUAAAAGCUACUUCUGCGCAGACAAGUGCCUUGGUAGCUGCUGCACAGGCAGCCCGUUCGUCUUUACAAAUCGCUAAGUUGGCAAGAAAAGCACAAGAAAUUUCAGUUCGAAGAGCGAGUUGGGUUCUCAAGACAGUGCGCACAGCUGCAAAAGCUGAAGAAGUAGCCGUUAACGCCAUAGAAUCACUCUUUAUGUAGUAUUAUUUGAAGUUUGAUGCAGAGCAUUAUGAACGGUACUGGCUGGUAUCCAAGUAGAGUUUGCUCGAGAAACUCAGAUCAUUUCCAGUAUUAUUCAUAUUGGGCCACGCCAUGUGAGAUUGCAAUCCCGGUAUUGGUUGAUCAUUUUUUAAUCUAAAAACAUAUUUAUUAAGAAAAAAUAUAUUUUUGAAUGACAUAUUUUAAUAAAA